AUGACUCUAGCGGGGACACUGGAGACUGAGUUGGAGCUUAAGUCACCAGCUGACAAGUACUUCAAACGUAUCAGCAGCGAACUCCACCAUGCCCCGAACGCUUCCUCCGACAAGGUUCACGCCAUCGAAGUGCAUGAAGGUGAUUGGGAAACUCCAGGAUCGGUCAAGCUCUGGACUUACACCAUCAAUGGGAAGGAGGAGGUAUUCAAGGAGAAGAUCGAGGUUGAUGAGGCGAAGAAGUCGGCGACAUUUGUUGCCGUUGGUGGGCACCUGCUGGAGAAGUACAAGAGCUACAAGGUCACCCUCCACAUUGUCCUGAAGGGCGAGGCUGUGGUGGCGAAGAUCACCCUUGACUUUGAGAAGCACCAUCAGAGCCAUGAUGACCUGAAGGACUACAUGGAGUUCGUGAUCAGCCUCGCUAAGGACAUCGACGAGCACCUUGCCGGCCAGGCUGAUUGA